CAAUUAUACGUUCUAUCAGAGCUCCACCUUUAUUCCGUCAUUAACAUAGCCUGCUCCUUGUCUCAUUCAACAAUAUUAGGAAUAUUUAUGCUGUCAUGUGAUCAGAGUUAUAACAAUAAAAGUCUAUGCAUGUAAAGUUGACAUGCAGGAUUAUCUUUUAAUAACUUUUCUUUCAGUCAGUGUCUUUCUUAUGUGACAUCCAGUGAUCCACUCUACUGUCACCCUCCUACGUGGCGUGCCUUGCUGGGAAAUGAUCAACUGAGUGAACAACUUUAUCUGCACUUCAGCAAGAGGAGGAAACAGAAAGUAUAAAAUUACCUCACAGCUUUCGCUUUCGCUUCCAAGAGCGCACUUUAUUUUAGACAGAACUUCUGCAUUUAAGUUUGCGACGAGGUCUCUUUGUCUAUGGCUUUUAGUAAACUCAUUUUGAUUUUAGGUAAAUACAUUGAGAUAAAAAUCAUUUAACAAGCUCCAGCAGCGUCAGAUUCAAGUAUUGGCAACUUAUUGUAAGUGCGUGUUAAAAGGAGAGGACUACAGUGGUCGAGUCGCUGUGCACAUGUGUGAUUUGACAUUUGAAAGUGAGGUUUUGUUCCUGUGGACAAAUAGGUGGUAAGUGAACAUGGAAACAGGAGCGAAAUUGCAUAUGAAAGAGUGGCUGAUAGUCCAGAUAGAGAGUGCGAAAUAUGAAGGACUGUGCUGGGAAGAUGAGGAAAAGACUAUGUUCAGGAUCCCGUGGAAGCACGCAGCCAAGAAGGACUACAAACAGACGGCGGAUGCAGCUCUCUUUAAGGCAUGGGCUGUGUACAAGGGAAAGCACAGAGAGGGGAGGGAUAAAGCUGACCCCACCAUGUGGAAGACCCGUCUGCGGUGUGCACUCAACAAGAGCCCCGACUUCCAGGAGGUACCUGAACGCAACCAGCUGGACAUCACUGAGCCCUAUAAAGUCUACCUUAUUGUGCAUGACAGUGGACAAGCAAAGCCAGCAGAGUCUAACCAGACAAAGGAUCAAGUAAUCAUCCCGGUGAAGAGGUCUUCAAAGAACCCUGGUUUCCUGGAAAAACAGCUUCAUUGUGAAAAGGAUUCAUUUCAAGCAAGUACAGAAGAGAGAAAAAAACAAUUGACUGAGGGUCUGCUGAGGGAGCAUUUGUAUUGUGAGCUCUUAGAAGACAAACCUCACAAUCAGGGCUCUACGAUCCCCUUCCUCAGGCCUGCUUUGACUGUAACAGACUUUCGUAUGCAGGUGGUGCUGUUUUACCAGGGCCAGGGGGUGAUGGCGAAGACCACCGGGAGCCCAGAUGGGUGCUUCAUCUUGCAGGGCUGCGUCCCAGUGGGCAACGAAAAAAUCUACGGUCGCUGCACUGCCGAACAGCUCUCCUUUCCCUCACCAGGCUCCUGCUCUAUGCCGCUAAGCUUGGCUGAAGCGAUGAACCGCCUGCUCUGUCACCUGGAGAGGGGCGUGCUAUUAUGGGUGGCACCAGAUGGGGUCUUCAUUAAGAGGUUCUGCCAGGGCAGGGUGUACUGGAGCGGUCCCAUGGCCAAACACCCGGACAGGCCAAAUAAACUGGAGCGAGAAAAGACCUUUAAACUGCUCGAUACAACCACAUUUCUCAAUGAGCUUCAGAGUUGUUUAAAGGGGAGGGGUCCUUCGCCUUCUUACGAGAUCGAGCUCUGCUUCGGAGAGGAAUAUCCUGACCCCAACAUACCCAAAACAAAGAAGCUGAUCAUGGCACAGGUGGUGCCCUUGUUUGCUGUGGACUUAGUGCAGAAGUUUAACUUGAGAGCGAUCGAGGAGAAGCGGCUGACUCUCAGUGCCAAUACAGACGAAGAGAAGAUGUAGGAGAGAUGCCCUGCACCAGGGUAAAGACGAGCAACUUCAAAAAAAGAACUGUGGAUUUGAUCAUCUUGAUGAGAAAUCCUAAAAAAGAGCAAAGAGUAGUGUCAGUGUGAAUGCAUAUACAUUGUAAAAAGUUUUGAGAUGCUGUGUUUGAACCCUUUUCCUACUGCUAAUUUCUUUUGUUUAUCUUGUAUUAAUUCUUUCUGCCAUCCAUCCAGCUUGACAGGCAAAAGUCAUCAGCUGCUGUUAAAGAUUUAUUGUGUAGAUCAGGGGUUCCCAGACCUUUCGGCCAGUGACUCCAAAAUAUAGGUGCCAAAGACUCGCAACCUCCACUGUCCCUCAGAGUGAUUUAA